GGAUAACUCCACAUUCAACAAGAGCAAACAAUAACCUCAAAGUCGCUGUCAAAAUAAUAACAAACCUCGCGGGACGGGCUAGUUUGGCUCGAUCUUUUCCUUUUUAACAAUAGUUUACAAGCAUAAAGCGGCGCAUUUGCUUCCGGUCAUGUCUCAGUCCUUGUUAAAACGAAGUAUCGCGCUUGUCGAAGAAGAUCUCUCAGACACAAAAAGAAAGAAAAACGCGUUCUCUGCGCCGUCACAUUCCUCCAAGCGAACCAAUGGUUCGUUGUUCGAUUUAAUGCCAGAACAGCAGAAAUUAAUUGGAAAGUACAAAAAUCGCCGCGGGAAUGAAGUUCGCUACGAGAAAAUACAACAUUCAGAGAAGCUGACUGUGGACGACCUACGGAAAAUGUCUGAACAACGCAAGUCGAAAGUUGAGGAGAAUCUACAGAAGCUGCUCAGGCUAGGAUCCAAGAAAAUGGACUCGAAGAUCACAGAUAAGCUGAUGGGCCAUGUCAAGAGGAAACAGCUGAGAAAUGAGGAAGAGGAGCAGCCAAAGGAGGAAGUGUCGAUAUUCACUGAGGAGGACUUUAAAGCUUUUGAGAGAGAAUAUUUUGCUAGUUAGAUUGUGGAAGUCAAUGUGCAUCUUAUUUUUAGGAUUUUUAAGGGAUGAAUAUAUUUUUUUUAAAACUAA